AUGCAGCUAGAGCCCGGAUGCGACCGUGGGGCCAAGAACUUCUGGAGCAGCCUCCGAGCCACGCUCAUGCGACAGCGCAAGCCUGCAGAUGCCAUCCGGUUUGCCUACUGCUCGACGCUGGCGCUGUACAUAUAUGCCGUCGAGUCCGAGCCGGCGCUGGCCAGCGAUGUUCGGGCAUCAGGAGGACACUCGGUUUCAGCAGGAUAUCCGGCUCCAGCUGCCUCGUCUGCCUCGGCAUCGACUCCGUUUCUGGGCAGUUGCGCCGAGAACCACGAUCUGCUCGCGGUGGCCUCUAUCGACAAGACCAUCGUUGUCGUCAACGUUCUCACGAGCGAGUUCGUGCGCACGUACCCCGUGCAGAUCUCUGCGCCCGUCGUGUGGAUGCAGUACAGCUACUCGGUCCCGGGCAUGAUUUUGUUUCUGCAAGAAGACGCAACCUACAUACAAACGGUUGGUAGCGCCGCAUAUGUCCAGGGUGCGGUUUACUACAUGGAUGUCAACAUUGCUGUCUGCGCACUCAACCCCGGCAAGCAGAAGGAUCAGAUUGCCCUCGGCGACAGCCAAGGGCGAGUGUACAUAUCAGAUCUACAUCACAGCGAGCGGCCACACAAGAACAAGAUCGAUCUGUCCUCGUCCGCGCUGACACUCUCCGAGACCAACCCGUUUGCGUCUCUCAUGGGCGGUGGCAUGGGCGAGGUCACCGACCUCAAGUGGGACGUCAAGAGCGACUGCUAUCUCCUGGCAGCGUUCCGGAAUGGCCGGGUGGUCCUGAUCGACUCCAACACCUGCCUCACACUGUCGAUAUUUGACAUCCCCAGUGGAGGGAUCAGCACACUGUCGUGGAUUCCGUCUAUACCGGGCGGCUUCUUGACCACGGACGUGCGUUCCGGUGUUCUCCGGACCUGGACGGUUUCAUCGAGUACCGAGAAGCAACUACACCGACUACUCCCCUCCGCAGUCCACGCCAUCCUCGCGAUUCCGUCGAGCCUCAACUUUUCCGAUCCACUCUUCUUGAUUGCCUUUCUGGACGGAUCGAUCGGGGUCUUCAAUCUCAAGAAGGAGUCGUGGCUGUUCCUGAAACAGGGUGGACACACGGAAACGAUCUUUGAAUGCGAUUUUAAGCGGAACACGUCCAACGCUGAGUUGCUCUUGGCCACCGCCUCGUUUGAUGGAACUGUCAAGAUAUGGGGCAUCGGGACCUCUGGCAGCGAGAGCGCCCGAAGGGUCGUCAAUGGACGGACCGCCCCCAGUCGACCGCCGUCACUGUCGCAGCUGUGCAUAGGGACCCUCGAUACCUCUCUUGGGUACGAGACCGGCAGCCAGUCGGGCCUCCGAAUCACCCUCCAGGACUCCUUUCCGGCGCUAGACUAUGGAAAGGUCUCCAAGGGCAAGAUGAAGACGGCCUUUGGGGCGAUCUACUCGGUGUCGUGGUCGCCGACAGAGAGCAUCCUGGUCCUUGGGACUGCGCUCGGCUUUCUGGUCUUUUACGACGCCACACGAUGCAUCAAGGUCAAGAAGAUCCAGGCCCAUCACGAAGCAGUCUAUCGAGUGACGUGGGGGUCAAAUCAGCUCGUCGCAAGCGCCGGAGACUGCGAGUGUGCGGUGUGGGCUGUGGAGUCCAACUACGAGAAGUUCCUGAGCCUGAGACAUCCCGAGAAGGUGUUUGGAUGUGACUGGUCGCCCACCCGAAGGAAUGUGAUUGCGACAACCUGCAUGGACGGCGUCAUUCGGAUCUGGGACAUUGAAACCGGGCAGGUGCUGCGGUCCUUCUCAGGGCACACGAAGCGGUCGUUCCGGGUUGUCUGGUCACCAAUACUCAGAAACAUCCUGGCAUCGGGGUCGGACGACAGAGACGUUCGGAUCUGGGAUAUAUACGAGAAUGAGUGCACAGGCGUUCUCCAAGGGCACACCAAGAACGUGCGGGCCCUGUGCUGGUCCAGCGAGAUCGCCCAUGUCCUGCUGUCCGGCUCCUGGGACAGCACCAUCCGGAUCUGGGACAUUCGGACGGCCAAGUGCAUCCAGAUCGUCACCCACCACCACGCCGAUGUCUACGGGCUAUCGACACACCCGUCCAUCCCACUCGGGUUUGUAUCGACAUCGCGCGACAACACCCUGAGAGUCUGGUAUGCAGAUGAUCUGGUGCGCUCGCUCUCUUGGAAGAUCAUGAAGAGCCUCGGCACAACGCUCCGUGGCCGGGACGUUGGCGGUGUCGAGCGGGAGAAGAUACGGGCGCUGAUGCUCUGCGAGUCAGGACGUGAGCUCGACGACGGUCCGUUCCGGCUCUCGGGGACAGAGUCCAAGAAGCUGUUCGAGAUCCUGACGAACGAUGCCGUCCACAUCUCCAAAAAAUGGGCGGCAUUCUUUGACUUCAUCAUGCCUUCGACUGGAACUCGGGACAUAUGGGAGAUUGUGCAAUCCGUCGCUGACGACGAGAGCCUCGACAAUGACCCGUCCAGCAGCCGCACGCUCAUCCAGCACCACAGUCGGAUUGUCCAGGCCGCCAAGGACUCGCUCGCAUCAGUGUCGGCUCCGGUCGGGUCCACGAUCCUGUCGCCAUCCACUCGCAGCCGACUUCAGCGCAUGGCCAGCCAGUACAUCCGGCUGGGGCUCUUCCGGGAGUACUGCCAGCUGCUGGUGGCGCUCGGCAGGUGGGAGAGUGCCAUUGCGUUUGCGCCGCAUGUGGGUAUCGAGUUUUGGAAGGAGCUCAUACGGCAAUAUGCAGCCAAGAUGCUGGCGGAAUAUCGCGAGGGCGCCGAGACCAAGAACGACGAGAUCGAAGGCUGGUGCGCCAGCGCAGGGAUGGUUCAGGAGUGGAUUGGCUUUCUUGUCCAGAACUCUGAACUCGAAGCCGCCUACCUGGUCGCAAAGGCCAGCAACGAAGCCAAGGCGACAUGCGACUCGAACGAAACCCGCAAGAAUGAGGUGCAAGUGCAAGACAGCGCUAUCGAGAUGGCAGCGCCGACGCACGGCAGCGGGCUGCUAGCAUGGACGGUGGACAUGUGCACCGCGAAGCUGUGCCAGCGACGACAAUGGAAGCUCGCGGCCGCAUUCAAGCUGGCGAUCGACGACCUCGAGGGUGCAAUCUCGAUCCUGCUCAAGGGCGAGGAGACGAUGCAGGCUUACGGACUGGCCACGGUGUUUGGCCGGGAGGAGGAGGCCGCCAAGAUCGAGCGGCUGGCAUGCGACGGCCAGAUGCUGUGAGCGCCGGCGAGACGGAGAUGCAGGGGGUGGAUGUCGGGGAUGGUGCGGAUGUACACCAGCGGAGUGAGUACAUUGCAUCUGCGCAUGUCUUGCAUCGGUCUGCACGCCGACCCAACAAAGCCGCUCGGCCGCAAUCCCAGCGGCACCCGCCGA